ACCUGCCAGUCGGCCUUCUUCGACACCAUCUCGGGCGACUGCCAGUAUCACGACUGCAUCUACGGCCAGACGCCGCCUGACAGAUUUCAGAGCUAUAUCAAGGCCACUGCAACCGAGUACUGCCCCGGCACGAGCCCCACGGGGAGCACCACGCGGGCGACGCAGACUUUGACUGCGGUUCCGACGGCUACGAGCAGCUCGGCUUCUGCGUCGGCAACGGGAAACUCAGGGGCGUUGGCUUGGGGAUCAAGUGGGGGAAUGGACGCUGGGUUGACCCUUUUGGGGCUCUGGGUUGCCGCUGGGUUGCUGGGGUGA